GGUUAAAGUGAUUGGCCAACAUUAGUGGCAGUCAUCCUGUAAAGCAAAACAUACCCGCCCAGUGUCCCCGGGAUGAGGAGAGGACGAGAGUUUCAACAGAAGAGAACAGGGAAAUGAAGUUGUCUGACAGGCCAGGCCAGCAACUCUCUCUUUACAACUAGGCAGCUAGCUAGCAGGUUAGGUGACAGACGGUCACGAGUAGAGAGAUUUAUAUGAAAUAACACAGCUAUGAAGGUCGUCCGUUUGAGCAACUUGUAGCUACAAGUAGUACACGUUAGAUAGCUAACGUUACAGCCACAUAUCUCCGAUAACGUUACACUUCAAAGUAACGUUAGCGUUACAGUGGUAAAAGAAACCGGGGACAACUUGCUAGCCGGCUAGCUAACUUUUAGCCUCCGAGCCUCCUUCGGCUUCAAAACUAAAAUUCACUCGAGAUUUGGGCUUGGAUUACCAGUCUUCAGUCAUGCCUUUUCCUUUUGGGAAGUCUCAGAAGAGUCCAGCUGAUAUAGUGAAGAGUUUGAAGGAGAAUGUGGCAUCCAUGGAAAAGAUGGAUGCUGCUGACAGCAAAAAGUGCGAAAAGGUCGCGGAGGAGGUGUCCAAAAACCUGGCUUCACUGAAGGAGGUACUUAGUGGAACAGGUGACAAGGAGCCUCAAACCGAAGCAGUGGCUCAGCUUGCACAAGAGCUGUACAACACCAACCUCCUCAUCGCUCUCAUUGCAAACCUGCAGAGGAUUGAUUUUGAGGGGAAGAAGGAUGUGGUUCAUUUGUUCAGCAAUAUUGUAAGACGUCAAAUUGGCACCCGUACGCCCACGGUGGAAUACAUCUCUACGCAACAACAGAUCCUCUUCAUGCUUCUGAAAGGAUACGAGAGUCCAGAAGUGGCUCUGAACUGUGGAAUGAUGCUGAGAGAGUGCCUGCGCCACGAGCCUUUGGCACGGACAGUGCUCUUCUCCGAAGACUUCUACUGCUUCUUCCAUUAUGUUGAUCUCUCAACCUUUGACAUUGCCUCAGACGCUUUCGCCUCAUUCAAGGAUCUCCUCACAAGACACAAGAUUAUGUGUGCAGAUUUCCUGGAGAAAAACUAUGACAGAGUGUUUACAGAAUACGAGAAGCUGCUGCAUUCUGAGAACUACGUCACCAAACGUCAGUCUUUGAAGCUCCUUGGGGAACUUCUCCUGGAUAGACACAACUUCACUGUCAUGACAAAAUACAUUAGUCGGGCGGAGAACUUAAAGCUGAUGAUGAACUUGCUAAGAGACAACAGCCGAAACAUCCAAUUUGAAGCGUUCCAUGUUUUCAAGGUAUUUGUUGCAAACCCCAACAAGACUCAGCCCGUGCUGGACAUCCUGCUGAAGAACCAGGCCAAACUCGUGGAGUUCCUGAGCCACUUCCAGACCGACAGAUCAGAGGAUGAGCAGUUCUGCGACGAGAAGAACUAUCUCAUGAAGCAGAUCCGGGAUCUGAAGAGGCCCACAGCACCGGAGGAAGCUUAAGGCGUCAGGGACGAGCGCUGCAUCAGGUGGUAGAUGUUAUUGGGUGGUGGCUGGAGCUGCAGAGGGCUAAGAGAGAGUCUAAAAGACAUGCUUCAUUAAAAUGUAAUAUUAACUACAAAAUAUAGGAAAAAAAGAUUACUUCCUUCACUUUCUGGUUGUUUUUUUUUUAUUUUAUUUUUUUUUAGUGUGGAUGUGGAGGUGAUUUCCAUCCAGCAACCUGAGUGGGCCAAGAACUGUUAUUUAAACCAUAGUGCUUCUUCUCUAGUGAUAAUUAAAUGCAUUUAGUCCGUUCUUGUAAUGUUGGACCUUAAACUGUUACCCUUCUACACACAUUGUGGCUGGCAGAGACCUUAGAAUGACAAAAAUGUCACCCCAUUCACAGCCAAUGUGUGUUCUCGAAAGUCUUUCUCAGAAAUGUGUCUGUAUUUUAGAGAUUGAGAAGGUGAGGAGAAGUUAAUAUAUUAUUUUUUCUAAUGUAUCUUCAUGGUAAACAGUUUAAAACCUACAGUAACCCUUCUCUCUGAACAUUUAAUCUAACUAAUUGCAUAGGUUUGGUUUCUUCCCUUAUUGUAAGCUGUUGUGUUGUACAGGGACUUAAAUGUUCUUUAGAAAAAUACAGAAAAUGUGUGAGGUUACAGAGGUCAGAGAUGAUCCUGCAGUGUUGUACUUGCCGAUGCAUUAGCUGGCACAGGAAGAGGAAAUCAAAACCAUAGCGGAAUCAAUUAAUUGUGAUGUGAUUUUUUUUUUUUUAGACUGCGCUGAGCGAGGCUUGCACAACUGAAAUGGAAACAAGGCAUCAGAUAAUGCUGCAGGGUACCAGCUAUCCAUUCAAUGCUUACAUGCUUAGCCAGGAUAUACCAAUUGAUCUCACUGGGAGCACUCCAUCUCACCCUCACAUACUGAGCACAGAUAGAAAGUAUUCAUUUUAAAACAAUGCUUUAACAAUUCAUGGGCUUUUAAACUACGUGACGUAUGCCAUGUUGAGCAUUUCUCUUUUACAGCAUAAGCGCUGCAUAACACAAGAAAUAGUAUUGCAACUUGCGUGCCCCAUGAUGAUGCAUUAUAAGUAUGUUACACUGUAAAUGUAUUAUAUUCAUAUGAGAGCAUGAUGUGUUAUUUAAAAUUAGUGGAUAUGCCGAAGAGACUUCAUUCUAAUUUAAAUCAGGAAUGUCAUUUUCAUCUUUAGUUUUCAUUUGACACAUAUUAAACAUCUGCUGCACUAGAUUUGAGAAUUGGGCAGACUGUAGGUAAUGGACAUUUUAUUUAAUACUUAAACAAACUACAUCACCUAAAUCUCAUCCAUGCAUUUAGUCAGUUACUUUACACCAAAGAAUACAAAUAGAAAAUGGGGUGGCAGAUGCUAAAACAUCAGACUUUAAAAAUUGUGUUUUUGCCUUUUCUGAUCUGAUUAUAAUACAUUUUCAUAGAAUACACUGUAAAAUGCCUGUGGUGCAUCAGAACUCUUGUCCUAUCAGAUGUCAACAUUGUCAAAAUAACCACAUGCACUUUUAAAACAAGUUUGUUUUGGAUGAUGAGCACUGAAUUUAUUGAGUUCCUCACAUGCAUGACUGAGAAGUUUUAUUUCUUCAAAAGACUUCUGUUCAAAUAAUUGCCUUACUUCUGCCAUUGUCACUGAAAUGGCAUAUUGGGGAUUUAGAGAAAUAUGUUGUCUGCGCACAGUUCUAGUAUAUACCUCAUGGGAUUUGAGUUUGCAAAAGUUCUCUUUCCUUUCCUUCCUAGACAAGAUAUUUAAUUUGACAGUUUAAAAGACACAACAGUCGUUUGUACGCAUGCCUAAACUGGAUAUAUAUAUUCAAACUUGAACAGGGACUGCGAGCUGGUUUUCACAAUGGAAAACUAGAUUUUUUUAAACUUAAAUUUUUCAUUGGGUUGUGCCACACACAAGUUAAUUCAUAAUGAAUUGCAGUGUGGUACCUUGUAAUGAACGUUGCCUUAUUUAAAGACAUUUAAUGGAUUGUAAUGAUUAUGUAAAAUUCCAGACCUUUUUAAAACCGAAGUCAAUAUAGAAGGGGUGAAAAAAAUGUACAUUUCAAGUCCCAAAUGCAUUACUAGUUAAUUUCUCAGAUCCACAUCUAGUGUAGUGUUGCUUUAUUACCAACUGCAUUGUGCUCUAAUGUGAUCCUGCGAGUGUAAAUAUAUAUUUUAAUAGACUACA